AAUCUACUUGUAUAGAUCACACAAUGAACACGAAUCACCUUGUCGUGAUAUUUUCAAUACACUGGUUCGUCGGGUUUUGCGUAAUUCAAAAGAGCGUCAAUUUUUUAUAUGGUGACUUUUCUUGGAAAGAUGGAUUCAGUCAACCCGGCUGUCGUCUGCUUGGAGAGGAAUUUAUCGACGAAAACUUAAAUGAUGUCCGCGCGGAUUAUUUGUCAAAAAAACGUACAAACAGCACAUUUUAUCAAGAAUAUUGGAUAGCAGCGCACGUCCUGUACACCAAAUGGAUAAGACUAACGGGCUGUUUUCUGAUUGACAUAAGAAACUUAGUAUCAAUCGUAGGAACUUUUGAUACAGCAGGGUGUAGUUCGUACUGUAACGGAUCAACCUUCGGAUUAACAUCAGAGCGCUGUGUCUGUUUUUCUGCAAAUUUUUCCGGCGAGGAGGCCUUUUGUGAAACCUCUACAUGUCCACACGAUUCUGAUGCAUUUUGUGGAAGUGUCAUUUUCGCCAAAAAAGUUUGUAUCUGUGUUUAUGAAAUAUUGGAUUUGGAAAGAGAUAAUAAGACCGGAAAUUGCAAAACCAUCAACUUAAGCCGUGGUGAUGGAAGAUUGGUGACAAAUCAUUGCAGCAAUCAUCAUACGUUUCUUUGUCAAAAAAGUGAUGACGAUGAAGUAGUGCUUCAUCAGCAGACAAAGAACUGGACAGAAGCUGGAUUCACCUGUUAUAGAAACUACACCUCCCAAUUCUACAACGGACGUUUAGAUAUUAGAAACCCGUAUGAAGGUCAACACUGGGUAGGCAUAUUUCGUAAGGGCAUGUUCCAAUGGGGAGGCCAGCUCAAGAGAGAAAGUGACUUCGAUUGUGUAUCUGUUACAGUUGACCUGAAUGGUAAACUUAAGAAGAAUAUAAAGCCAUGUGAUUCACGACUGUCUUUACUUUGUGAAAUAUCACCAAAUGAAGGUACUGGAGUUGGUUUGAUAAACGAAACAAGCACGACUAACUUUACAAAUGUUUUGGAAACAUCUACACAUGCGUAUGCUGUAAACACGACAUCCCAUGAUCUGAACGUGACAUCACUUCUGAUAGGACUAGUAGGAGGAAUAAUCAUCGUGUUCACCGCGUUUACAACUUUUUGUAUCUUUAAACACCGAAAAAGUACCGUUAGUUCCCGGGAAAUCGUUAAUCAAGUUCCUGAUCCUAAUGUGGACACCAACUACGAUCGCUUGAAUCCCAUCAGAGAAGCAAAUCAUUACACUGAAAUCCAAAACAGGCCAUUGACGUAUGAUUAUGUAUCGACGUUAAACACUACCAGAGAAUAUGUGGUGAUCACUGAUACGUGACAAAAACCUGCAAGUCACCUACGUUUAUUGUCUACGUCACCACUGAAAUAGGUCAUAAGUUAAAUUAUAGACACAAAUUAAACAUUUUAACAUUUCAUUAACUAUCUAUCAAAGCAAGUUAUUUUUGUAUCGCUAAGGUUUAACAUCGGUGAAGAAGAGAAACGUGAUGAUUUCACUUUGACUUAAGUGACUUUUAUAUUUCUUGAAAACAACAUUUCUUCAUCCCCAACUUAUUGUGUUUAUUUGUCGCAGUUGAUUCGCUAUCAAAGGUAUGUUCUCAAUAAUACAAUUUUCGGGCAAGAUGUCGAUAACUGACAAAGGCACCACACGGGGUUUCGUAAAUGCAGGUUGAGCAAACUUAGAAGGAAGUUUUUCGGUCUUCAUAAUGAUCUCAUUGAGAAAUAUUCUAUUCAUUUGUGCGAAAUGGAGCUGGACGCGUUUGAAGUUUGUUAGUUUGCCUUAAGGUUCCGUUGUUGUAUGCUGCUGAAACGGGAGGAAUGAGACUAACACAUAUUGGGAAGCAAAUGGGUCCGAGUAACAUAAGAUGUGAACACAUCGCGGUCUAGCAUCACCGCUUUCAUCAGUCUAUACUCUGCCUUGUCGCAAUCUUCAUCUGUCUUUGUGGGUUAGUAUCGACCAAUGAGAACCUUUAAAACAAAUAAGUAUAAAAGGGCUUACAUAUACUAUUUCGUUACACCAAGUAUUACAGCAACCAAAUAGAUAUUGUUAGGGUAUAACUCUCUCUCUCGAUAAUAGCUAAAAUAAGUUUGGAGUCUUCCAGAAAUAUGCAAUUUGACAAGGUUUGCGGAGAGGUUAAAUUCAUAUUCAACAAUGAUGUUUGUCUUAAAACUACAGAAGGAUCCUAGUAUCAUCACAAUUCAAAUUGUACGGGGAAGUAUAGUUUCCCUAUAAGAUGGUGACGGACCACAUUUCCGGAUCUAAUUUUGGAUAGAUCCUGUAUUACGUAGAAGAUUGGCGGUUUCUGUUUAAAGGUUAUUUCACAAAACUCCCAUGUAGUUUCAAAACUCUCUUUGUAAAACAAAAAUGUGGUGAAUCCCUUCAGUACAAACUAGAAUAUUAUUUUGAUAGUACAGGAAUAAUUUUGUUGAAGUAUAGUUUUGUGAGGAAAACACAGCCUUUUCCAAAAUUCAUACAAACGUUCGUUCUAACUGUAGCUGAAUAUUUACACACAUAGAUGUAUAUUUAUCUACAUACAACUAACAACUGUAAAGUUUUGCAGUUUACAAGUUGUACUACCAAUUAUUAUUUUUUUUACAAACAUAACGAUUUUUUAUGUAUAAUAUUGUAUAGAUAUUAAAAAGAUGUUGGUACAACACUA